ACCUCCCCCAUUCUCUCUCCCCAUCCCCGCAGCUUCUCUCUCUCUCUCCCCCCUCCCCACCGCGACAGCAAAAGGCGAUCGCCCCACCCAGAUUCCUCCCCCUUCCCACCCUCUCCUCCCCGUGAAAAGCCAGCCGGGACUAGCGUCGCGACGGUCGCACCGCGCCCUCCCUUCCCCGCCCAGAGUAAUGGAUUAAAGCUUUUGGCGAGGUGACCCUGUACAAAGGUACCAAAAGCAAUUUAUGGGAAAGAAACGAAGCUUGUGCACUAUUCUAAAUGAGGAAGUUUCAUGUGAGGCAGUCUCAAAACAGCAGAGUUUUGGGAGCAAUGUCAUCCUCUUUACCUAUUCUGCCAAAUUCUUUGAAAGAGAGCUUCCCAAGGCCUCACAACCCCCAGCAUAUUCCAAUGUCGAGGCAACUGCCAGAUGAUUCUAUGCCAUCGCGUCACAGUGCACCUCAGUCUGCUUCUGUGCACCCAAGAGCUGGUGUCAUCGGAUCAUCAUAUUCAGGCUACUCUGCUAGUCCACUUGAUUCUGUGUCUAACCAUGAGAGGCAGUCAAUGGUUGCUCCCUUUAUUUCUCAGUCAUCCAAUGUUGAAGUGUUUCAGUCUCUAUCUAAUAACACUCCAGGAGCACACACUGAGGCAGCCUGCUUCCCAUCUGCUAUGGAUGUUUUACCAGGUUACACAGAUAAUAUUUCUGCUCCUGAUAAUCAGAUCCAGAGUGGCAGUUCUGCUGUGACAUCGGAUGAGGUUGCUAAACAAAAUGAAUGGUGGGCAGAGAUAAUUAAUGAUGAUUGGAAAGAUAUUCUUGAUGCAACAGCUACUGAUUCCCAGUCAAAGGCCAUGAUCCAACCUUCCAACUCAUCUGCAUCACAACCUGCUGUGAACCAGUCAGCUUCAUCUCAUAGUGGGGAGAUUUGUCCUGUUGCUAGCCCUCCCAAUAGCAGCAAUGCCUCUGCAGCUAAACAACGGAUGAGGUGGACCCCAGAACUUCAUGAAUGUUUUGUAGAUGCUGUAAAUCAGCUUGGCGGUAGCGAAAAAGCUACUCCUAAGGGCGUGCUCAAGCAUAUGAAAGUUGAUGGUUUGACAAUAUAUCAUGUCAAAAGCCAUUUGCAGAAGUACCGCACAGCCCGCUAUAAGCCAGACCUGUCUGAAGGUGCAUCAGAAAAAAGGACAACCACUGGAGAGCUGUCCCUGGACCUGAAAAUGAGCAUGGAUCUUACUGAAGCGCUGCUCCUUCAGAUGGAAGUUCAGAAGCGUCUUCAUGAACAGCUUGAGAUUCAGAGAAAAUUGCAGUUGCGAAUUGAAGAACAAGGAAAGUAUCUGCAGAUGAUGUUUGAAAAGCAGUGUAAAUCCAGCACCGAGAAGGUGCAGGAUCCAUCGUCAGGAGAUACAGCAAACCCAUCAUCUGAUCUGAGCCACUCUGCAAACAAGGAUAGUGAUGCAGCCAUGGACCGAAACAGAACAGAAGGCAACCCUGGGACUGCAGAACUGGGAGAGAGUUCGACCCAUUUAGGUGUCAAACAGAAAAUUGCAGAAAUUGACUCUGAUUCCCGAGUAGCAGCAAAUGAUGGCUCUGAGAUCUCCCAAGAGAAGCGUCAUAAGCUGCAAGAUAGUUAACGCAUCAGUUUCAACAUUCAGAUUAUAGCUGUUGGAUCAAUUUGCUUGGUCAAAAUUGGUACCGUCCAUGUAUCAAAUUCGACUACUAAUCCGUAAGUCUAUUAAGUUGAACCACCUUAGCUAUUGGAACCUAAAGAGAAGAAGAAAAACUUCGGGUAGCCAUGUGUAUGACUCAUUAGCAAUAAUAAUUACCUCCGAAAUUACGAGGAAAAAUAAAAGAGGAGAUCUUGCGAUCUACCUAUCUUUCUGCA